AGAGGGAGCACUGGAGUAGAUUGGCAAUUCGCUGUCGUUGUCAGCUGGCGCUUUUCAUGGAUGUGCGGGUGCCUGAAGCCUAUCAGACACACACACACACACACACAGGUACAACACAGAAGAAAGGAAGGAACUGCUCAGGGGCGCGCGUAAAGGAGGACGAGUACGGUUAAAAUAAAACGCAAAAACUGAAAGUUGUAAAAAACACUAAACCCAAAAAAAGAGUUGUUUCAAUUUCUUUCUCUCUCUCUCACUCAAUCUUUCGAGCGCGUUGCGGUACCGAACGAAGGGGCUCCACCGCACGGCCUGGUUCUACCCCCACCCACAUCCACCCCCUCAGCCUCGUUGUUUCUCCGCAUAGUUCAGUUUCUUUCUUUUCUGGUUUGUUCUGCUCUUCUCCUUAUUCUCCCGAUUAUUAUUGUUCGUGCUUUAAAAAGGAAAAGAAGAAAAACCAUCAUCACCGUUACUCUGUCGCUGUCACGCGCCAACACACACGCACACUCUCCCUGCUGUGACAGCGUCUCACAUCUGCACCUCGUAUUUUCCUUUUUGGCUUUUCUUGUUCUUUUUCGCCUCUCCAAUUUUCGCUCUUGUUUGGUAUUUAUAUUUAUAUAUGAUAUGCGUCUUGUGUGCGAAGGCGAAUUUUGAAGAAAAGAAAAAGAAAAACAAAGCUUUGAAAAGGAGAGGGGACAGUAUCGAGGCUGCACACACCUACACACACAUAUAUAAUAAAGUAUUUCUUUGUGAGAGGGAUCAACUCGCGUGCGACGUUCAAGAGACAAAAAAAAGGUUUUAAAAACAACCUGGCUUCUUCUUCGCUGUCGGUUUGUCUGUUUGUUUUCUCUUCUUUGUUUUUUGUUUUUUACUUCUUGUGUUUUCUUAUUAGGGGAGUACACUGGGGUUUUUCCGUCUUUUCCUCUCUUCUUCUUUAACGUGUCCUCUCGUGCUAUCGCUUCCUCUGUUCCUCACAUUUGAUUUGGCUUGCUUCUUCACGCGUGCCAUUGCAGUCGGGUUUUCUUUUUCAUUUUUCUUCACACACACACGAACUCUUCAUUCCUUGCUCUUCUUUCCGUUUUGUUUGUUUUGUUUGUACCACUUUUAAGCUUCUUUUUUUCCUUUCCUUUCUUAUGCCGAUCUCUCUAAGCUCGUUAAUUCUUUCUUUAUAUAUAUAUUAUUAUUACUAUUGACUCUCUCUCUCCCUCCCUCUCUUCCUCCUUCCUCCUCCUCUUUUUAAAGCUGCGCGUCAGCGCGCUUAUUUUCAGUAUAGUUCUUUUCCUUCUCUUUCGAUAUUUUGAUCCUUCCCCUCACAAUACAAUAUAUAUAUAUUCAUGUAGUCUGUCUGUGAGCGUGGGUGCAUUUGGCUUUGUUUUCCAUUUUGCAAGAAAGAUAUAUAUACAGCAAGCGAAUCCUUGUAUGCGGGGAACCCCUGCUUGCGGACGUUAUUAACUGGCUUUAUAUAUAUUUACCUGGCAUCUUAUUUUAUUGUUGCGUCAACUGUGCAUUCCCUUUUUUGUUGGUGUUUUCUGCUGUUUUCUUCUGUAUACCACUGACACAAGCGUUUCCAUUUCUUUUCUUCUUUUCCAUUAUUGGUCAUUUUCCUUCUCGAGGUGUCCUUUCUUCCUCUUUCUCUUUGUAUGUUUGUUUGCUGCUUUGGCUAUUCCAGGCGCGGCAAGAUUGCUGUUGAUCUGAUCGACUUCCUUUGACUUUUAUUAUUAUUAUUACUACUUUUUUUUUCAGCGUUUUUGUUCUUGCUUUUAUUUUUUACAUAAUUUCUAUAUUUCCUCUUCUGUCUCUCUUCUCUGUUACAACCUUCUCUCUCUCUAUCUUAAAUUCACUAUUAUUACUAUUAUUAUUACUUUCGUGUAUGUAGCUUUGCGGUGGUGGUGUUGUAGCUACUCCGUUGUCCGAUUCUUCUUCCUCCUCCUCCUCGCUCUCUUCUCAUUCCUUCUUGUUUUGUUUUCUCCUUUUCCUUUUCUCGCCACCUCUCCCACCAUUCACCUGCCUCUAUCGCUCUCUGUGUGUCUCUGUGUGUGAGAGGCUAUUUCGCCGAGAGUGGUGCGUACCCCGCAAAGCGUUCCAAACGAGACGGGGGAGAAAAAGGACCGGCGAACGGCUUCGGCGAAAGAGCAUUGGGAAAAGGUUUUUAGAACAAAACAAAACAGCAACACCCGACACAACGGAAGGGGGUUGGCGAACUGAAACGUUCGUUGCACGUUCUGCGGGCGCAUCUAUCUAGUUGUUGUUGUUGUUGUUUGUUGUAUUUUCCCCCGUGGCUUUGGUGGGGGAUUUUUGUUGUUUUCCUGUUGUCGUCGUCGUCGCUGUUGAUGACCCUUCUCUUGAUAGACUUCUCCUCCUCUGUCCUUUCUUUUUUAUUAUUUUCCCCCUUCCCUCUUUUGCGUAUUACGCCUGUGGCUCUUGCGAACCACAACACGUGCCUCCUCUCGAAUUGUCAGUCACCUCAAACUCGUUUUUUUGUAAACGAAAAAAGGCAAAAAAAACAACAGUUUUGUGUGUUUUUGUUUUGUUAUUUCGGCGUGCAUGAAUGUGUGGGUAGCGUACGGCGGAGUACAACUCGCGGUACACUCGAAAGAAGCUCUCUUCACCCUCUCCUACAUUCUUCUAUUUGUAUUCUGUUUUUUUUUUCCUCUGUUGUUAUUAUUAAUAUUGGCUCGCCGUCUGUCAGACUCUUCUUUCUUUUUACGAGAUACGUAUUCGACUGCUGUCGUUGGUUUCCCCUAGAAGACGUUUUUUGAUUUGCGUUUGAUUAUUUUUUGUUCUCCGUUUCUUGCUCCCCUCUGCAACGUGCUUUGAUAGGUACUUGCACCUCUAUAACCUCAGUGUAUAUAUACAUACACGCCUCGCACGCGGCACCAAACCCGCGCGUUCACCUCCAACUUCGGCGCUUUCCGUGGUAUUUUUUACUUUUCCUGUUGUUGUUCCCGUCCUUUAUUGCUCCCUUCCCUCCUCCUCUCAGAGAGGUCUUUCCACGUCCCGGGUGCUACACCUGCGACGCCAUCGUGUGUGCAGCGCUACCCUCGUGUAAACUUCCCGUUUUCUCUUUUUCUUCUUUUCUGGAUUCUGCGUCCGGUGCCGGCAACGGAGCAAGAAGAGCCAUCGGUUGUUGCUGGAUAUUCGCUGUCUUGUCCGUAGAAGAAAAACAAAAAAGAACGGGUAUCAAAGCUGCAACUUUGGUAUUUCCGCCUCACGCCGACGCACGAAGAACAGAGGAAGAAAAACGUAGGGUUCUCCGCUCAGCCGUCAUGAAACUUCCAAAGAUUGUGACGAAGAAGAACGCGCAUCGCGUGAGAGAGGCACACCGGUUGGCAGUGGCGGAGCGACGGGCGCAGCAGCAGCAGCACCGAUCCUCCCUGUCGGCCGGACUGAAUGACGCGUCCGCCGCCGCCGCGUCGGGGCAGCCACGAUCGGAUGUGCGUCCCCCUCGCACGCGGUCGAAGAUGGGGCACCACCGCCACCACGGCAAUGGGCCGUCGCAGCCGCCGGGGGCCGACCUCUCACGCAGCGGCUCCUCAACGCAAGACUUCUCCGUUCACUCAGCCCUCUCCAGCGACGACAACGAUGACCUGGACGACGUCUACACUGACAGCAGCGGCAGCGAGGACGCAUCGCGCUCCUCGCACUCGUCGAACGACUCUUUCUUUUCGGACGCCUCCUCGCGUGCCUCGAGCCGGCGGUCGAGCAGCGCGUCCCUCCGCAGCAACUCCCGCACCGUCGCCGCCGCCGGUGCGGCGACGUCUCCGUCAAAGCCGCCGUCGGCAUCGGCUGCGCGUGCCACGCAGUACUCCGCCUACGCACGCAGCAUGAAUGCCGCGAACCGCCAGCGCACCGCACUGGCGUACAUGAGCUCCGCCGUGAACUUCGACGGCGCCGACGCCUUCUUCGAUAAGAGCGACAGCAGUCUGGGCACCGGCAGCGGCGCUUCGUCGCCUACCCGUGCCGACGACGACGGCGGUGCGACGCAGGAGGAGGGUGGUGAGGGUGAUGCCAGUCGUCAUAGCGACGAUGACGGAGGCGCAGACGAGGGCCUGCGACCGUUGUAUCGCUCUACCGUCCCCACCGGACGGCGGAUGACGCAGAACGAGGUUCGGCAACGCCAGCUUUUGCGAGAAGCAGCAGACGACACGGCGCUGGUCACGUCGCCGCAGCGGAAGCGACAGUUGCAGCCACAGCGACGACGUCGCACAAGCUCCUUAGCGGGAGAUGUGGGGAGAGACGUCGAUGCCGUCACCGCUGCCGUCGCAGAGGUGCCGAGCUCACGUGCUACGACAGCUCGCGGAGGCGCUGACAGAACGGCCGUCUCCGCCGCCGCUGCGCCGGCGCGCCGUCGAUCCUCCUCGGCGUCCGCCUCGUCCGCCAGCCGCUCCUUGAAGGACCAAAGCCUGGAUGUGACCCCGCUGACCGCGACAUCGAGCACGGUGCCGGUGCCGAGUGAGGGCGCCGGUCGGCUGAACAGUAAAAGCGCCAACCACAGCGGCAACAGCAACAGCCGGAAGGUUUCACCACCGAGUGACACAGAGAAGAGAUCAAGUUGGAUUUUUGGGUGGAAGCGGAGGCUGCUGUUGCACGGCGCCCACACGAACAAGAACGAUUCCACCUCGCCAUCAAGCCGAAGCACCAGCAAGCUGUCGCUCUCAGCACAUUCCUCCGUGUCGUCGCCGCAGCGCAGUGAGACGACGAGUACACGGCGCAACAACGUGGGUGUUGGUCAUGGCAAUCCCAGUGCACACGCCGCGACGAGCACGCCACGUGUCGGCGGCGGAAGCACCUCCUCUGCCCCCGCCUCUACGGUGCGGCCAACGGCACCAGCAGCAAAGUCGUCGUCGUCGUUCAGCGUCGCCGUCGCCGUCGCCCCCGCCUCUACGACGCUGCUGCCGCGGCGACGGGCGUCCAUGACGAAGGAGACGCUGCGCAGCCUCGAUGGUACGCAGCUGAGCCGACUCGACUUCAGCGAGCAAAAGGCGCGGCGCACGACGUCCACCGCGCCCGCGGAAGCCGGGCCCCUCAGCAGUGCGGCGCCGCCAUCGCUGAUGGCCAAAGGAGGCUACGGGUCUUUCAUGGAUGUCUUCGCCUCCGCCUCCCCCAGCGACGAUGACAAUGGCGCGGCUGACGAGGUGCGAAGCAACGGCAGCCGGCGGAGCAGCAGCAGUCGCCGGCGCAAGGCACCUCCGCCGCCCUCGUCGACGCCAGCGCACUACAGCAGCUUCUUUCGGGCGCUUUUCCGCAGCAGCAGCAGCGGCUUGUCGUACAGCAGGAGCGGCACCCCGCGUCUCGCGCCGGCGGACAAGGCAGACGACGCAAAGCGGGCACGACGCACCACAGCAGAUGCGGAUACCGCAAGUAACGAGAAGAGCCGCGCGCCGGAGCGGCAGGCCUCACGUCAACGACUGGCGCGUACCGCGCAAAGCCCUGUAAGCGCCGUGGGCGGUGUCGCGACGAGUCUCUACCGCUUUGAUGACGAAUUCAGUCUUGGGCGGAGCAGCAGCAGUAGCAGUUUCAGCAGCAGCGCCGCCGACAACCACCACCACCACCACCACCACGACAGCAGCAACAGUCGCGAUGACGCAACGGGCGGGCGGCGGCGCGGAAACCUGCCGGGCUCGACCCGACGGAGCGACGAGGCAGCGGCGCACGCGGCCGCCGGCGGGGUUGGCGACUCCUUCGGUAGCCUCUUCAAUGGCGACGGCACCGUAGCGCAUGCUGCGGCCCCGCCAGCAGCGGCGGCCCUGUACGGCACGCCGAACGUCGUGCCCGCGGAGGCCGGGAGCGCCCCCACGCCCGGCGCUGGCUCGAUGGAGGUGGCGCUAGGGCAUAUCGAGAAGCGGAACGUGCCGGGUGACGCGGCGGAGGCUUCCCCGCUGCUGUCGCCUCAACAGCCGCUGCCACCGCAGCAGACGGCGAGCACCACGCACACGGUAGUCCUUUUUCCUCAGAACUCCUUCCCGCGCUCUGGUGCAGCAGCAGCCACCGCCACCGCCGCAGCAGCAGCAUCAGCCAGUUCGAGAGCGAUCAUCGCCGGCAGCGUCGACAACGGCACCACGACGGGACCGAACAUGUUCGGCGCGGCAUGGCUUCGACAGCACCACAAUGUGCUGAGUCAACUCGAUCCAUCGGUGCAAGGGGCGAGCGCGAGCCCCAGUGCAAGAGCCUCCACAGCAGCAUUCGCACCGUCCGCCACAGCAGCGGCGGCAGGUGGUGGGGAUGGGGGUGGGGGCGGUGCAAGCCAAACUGCUGUACGAAGCAACAGCCGCAGUAGUAGUACCCUUUACAGCCCCAUGACGCGUGCAGCGGGGAGUGCCGCGAUGGGCCUCCAAGGCAGCAAAACAGUUGAUGGGCGGCCAGCGACGGUCAGCACCGCUACCCCCAUGCCGGUCUACGACGAGCUCACCACCUCCUCUUCCUCCCCCACCGCCACUGCUGCCGUGAGCCCCGCGCCGAAGGACAAGUACAGCUGUCGGGGCAGCCUGGAGGGCGGUGCUGGGGGCAGCAGCAGCUCGCCCACAACGGCGGGGAGCGACGUCGCAUCGCAGGAGCCGAUCCUUUCCGGCGAGUACGCGAACACCCAUUCGCAGCGCCACCGGAUCGACAGCACCUCUGCAUCCUCCGCGACAGCGGUCAUGACAGUGGACGAGGACGCCGUCAGCCGCGACCAUCGCAGGUCGUCGCUGCUCUCGUUGACCGACGGCUACUACGUGCGCCGGCGCACCAGCGGAGGCAACAGCAGUAGCAGCAACAAUGCGAAGGUCGCUCACCCGCCGUCCGGCGCGCCGCCUUCCAACGAUCCACGCCGCAGCGACAGCGGUCGUCAGGGCGGGUCGUCCACCACCGUGGUCACGGCAGCAGCAGCGGUGCUUGAUGGCAGCUGCGAACAGGGCCGAAACUUGAUUACGCUCAAGCCGGCGCGCAACAGCAGCGCCUCGUUGCUGCCGCAGCCACCGACGCUGUCCAACACGGAGAGCAAAAACUAUCGUGGCGGGAGUGGGACCUACGGGAGUGGCGGCAGCGGCGGUGGUGUCAGUGCGGGAGGGAGCUCGUUCAACACCGCCAUCGCCUCUCUGCAGACCAGCGAUGACACGCUGCCGACGCGCGCAGACAGCAAGGACUUCCUGCUGCGCCACCCCCACGACGGACGCCCCACCGUGACCACCACCAACACGGCCGCGGUGGCAGCACUGACACGUCAGUCCUCGCACGAAUCUUCCGGCCUUCAUCGCCUUGACAGCGAGAAGCGCAGCAGCGGUAGCCACCAUCACCACCACCACCACAGCCACCGCCGCUCACAUGGCCGCUCGAAUGGAUCCAGUGGCCGCCACAACGGCUCCUUCAGCUUUAGCAGCGAAAGCCUGUUAGAUGGCAGGGCACGUGGUCGGCUAGCGAAGGCGGCGGCGGCGAGCAACGCGGCCUCGAACAGCGUUGAGCGGCGACGUGCGACCUCGACGCACAGUCUUAGCAACAACAAUGGCAGCAACACCAAUAACAAGUCUCUUCACCUCACCGGGAGUGACGGGCCCGGCGACGGGGCCGUGAGCAGGCGUCACCAGUCGCGCGAUCGCAGCUCGACGUCGUCGCGCAGCUCGCAGAACUUGCUGCGCAGUUGCACCCCGCCUCGUCACCGCGUGGAGAAAGCCGGCGGUGGCGAUUUCGCCUCGGGCCCGUCAUCGCCACGCCGGUCCCGUCACCUCCACCGGCGCGAGCAGCGCGAGGGCGAGAGCGAACGUCGCCGACACAGCCACCGCGGCGGACCGCGCCGCCCCAUCGACCCCGACGCCUCCGACGGCUCCGGCAGCCAACGCCGGCUGCGCAGCCGCAGCGACCUGAACGGCUCCAGUCGCCGGCCGAGCAGCGCGUCCGUCAGCUUGGUUGCGGGGCUGGAUGAGGUGCUGCCACAUAAACCGAUGCAGCCCCGCAACACCUCAUCCUCAAUUUCCUCCUCAACGGCGGCGGCGUCGUCGCGCAACAGCAGCACCGGCAGCACGGAGCAUCGCGGCGAGCCGGUUGGCCGCAGCUCCGUUCGCUGUCUGCGCAGGAUGGCUGCGAAGGCACGUGACGUGUCGAACAGCUCCUCGUGUGACCUCGACGCGGCGGCCCACAAUACCCCCGGCGGCAGCAACGGCCACAGCAAGAGCGAUAAUGUGUAUCAUCCACAUUCAACGGCGAUGCCGCAGCAGCCUUCCGAGCAGAACAGCAGCAACAGUGGCCCUGCGACUUUGAGCCCGCAGCUCGCACGCGGGCUGGUCAACAGCGGCAGCGCCUCAGCCACGGCCCCCGUCGUGCACUUCCCCGGCAUCACCGCGCUCAACGGCAGCGGGACCCUCGUGGCCCACAACCCGAACGGCGACCCGUGUGCCAUGAAGCUACCGUUGUUCAAACAAAACAUGGUGGUCGAGCGCAGCAGCAGCAGCAACGACGUGAACGCCGAUCGCCCGGUGAACAACGGAGGGCUACGCCAGCAGCAGCAGCAGCAGUACAGCGGUAAUGAGGCGGUGGCGGCGUUGCUCUUUCAAUGCACCCCCCUCACCCUGUCGCACGAGGGAAGCGGGAAUCAGUACAAGGGGAGCGGAAGCUACGUAAUGCAACCGGCGCGUCCGCAGGGGUCCAAUGGGAACGGGCGAGCCCUACGCAGCACGAAUAACGGCGAAGGCAGUGGCGGAAGGGACAAAGAAGGCAACGAUAUCAACGGCAGCGGCGGUGACCGGGUUACGACGAGCGGGGAGCCACAGAAAGGCUUGAACGCAGGGAUGAACAGCAGCGGUGGUGCCACCAUGUCGCUCGUGCAUAAGCAGCUCUCCCUCGGCGGUGUCAGCAGCGUGGGAAGCAGUGAUGCGGCGGCGCCCUUGUUCUUCGGCGAGGGCAACGUGCGCACGUCGGUGUCGUCCGCUCUGCUGACGCAGCCACGCGACAGCAGCACGAAGCGGCGCCGACCGGCAACGGCGAGCUUUACGCCGUGGUCGGUAGACCUGAGUCGGUUUGAUAAGCUGCGCGAGCAGCAAAAUGCAUCUACUGCUGCUGCGGAUUGA